AGUGCGCGGCGAGUGGACCCCACGGCGGGUCCCCCAAGGGUUCAGUCCUAUCCCGCCAUCCCCAAGCCACCACCCCUGAGACCGCUGUGUUUAGCCAACCGCGCGGGGGAUGGCCGGAGCGAAGAGGGUGGGGUGAGGGGAGAGAUGCGGAGGACGAGGGGAACUGCCAGGCGGGAGAGGUUGGGGGCUGCUGGUUGAUAAGAAAGGAAUGAAAUUCCUACACCCUUGCUCUGAGCUUGCUCCUCCAGUGGCCUUGGAGGAGUUUGCAACGUGCAAAGAACAGAAGCUAGUGAUAACGUCCCAGCUUUUCUCGAGUCUGGGCUCCAACAGGACGGUUGGACUCUAUUGCGCACCCGCCUUCGGUGAUAGACCAGGGCUUCCUCAGUCUUGGACUGAAGACUUUGGGUGGUGCUCAGAGAUGGAGGUACAGAUACACGCCAGGCUACCUUUUGCGGGUUACUCUCCUAAAACUGCCGGGAGGAAUGCCUCUGGCUCACACUACAGGUCUUCUUUUGCUGAUACUGCUGCUGAUAGAACCCAGGUCAAGCUGUGUUGUCAGCGCGAAGCAGAGCGAUGCACUGGUGCAUCCUUGGACUUCAGCAUCAACAGACACACAGCCCUCCUUGACGCGAUGAACGUGAACUGGACAGUCAUCAAUCCUGCCACAGUGGUCAAGGAGGAGUGGGAGAACCAGGAAGUGGCAGAGUGUUUUAGGAAGAUCUCAACAGGAGACUGCAGUCACUGGUUUAGACAAUUCCUAGUACACUGGGAGAGCAUGCUGGAACCAGAACCCACGGAACCACCAUUAAAUGCCCCAGAUAAUGACCAGUCUGAAUCCAUCCAAUUAAUUGAAUGGAUCAUCCCAUUGAUUUUCACCUGCUUCGUCCUAAUUGGCUUCGUCAUCAUGAAACUUACGAAGAAAUCAGGGACCACAGCAGCCAUUCCAUCAUCUGAUGUUUCUUCCCUGGACCAGGAGAAGGUGGAAAUGUUAGACCAACCCUUGGUGGAAAAAACUGACCCUUGAUGACAGUCUGGCUGCUGAUCUAGUAUAUUAUCUUCUACUCAGAGGUGGGUUUACCAAGAAGGUAAAGAACCCCUUGCUUUCCACGGCUGUUGAUGAGCUCUUACUGCAGCAGUUAAGUGGAAAGGAAACGUGUCCAACCACCUUCCUGUACCUUUGGGAGGAGCCUCUCCACUGUGUCUCAUAGGCCUUCCCAUCAAAGGGAGGAUCAGCACCUGAAAUAAAAGAGAGCUCUGUGUG